AUGGGUUUGGAGACGGUCGAGAUUUCAAAUUACAAGUCAUCAGUAGUUUUGUCUAAGUUGGCUAGUAACAAACAACAUGGCGAAAACUCGUCAUAUUUUGAUGGGUGGAAAGCAUACGAGAAUGAUCCUUUCCACCUCGUGAAUAACCCGAAUGGGGUUAUUCAAAUGGGUCUCGCGGAAAAUCAGCUUUCAGUUGACUUGAUUGAAGAUUGGAUUAAGAGAAACCCAAAAGCUUCAAUUUGUACAAAUGAAGGAAUUGAAUGUUUCAAGAGAAUUGCCAACUUCCAAGAUUAUCAUGGCUUGCCUGAAUUCACAAAUGCAAUUGCAAAAUUUAUGGGAAAAACAAGAGGGGGUAAGGUUAAGUUUGAUCCAAAACGAAUAGUAAUGGCUGGUGGAGCCACUGGAGCUAAUGAGACUCUCCUAUUUUGUUUGGCUGAUCAUGGAGAUGCCUUUUUAGUCCCCUCACCCUAUUACCCAGGAUUCAAUAGGGACCUAAGGUGGAGAACUGGUGUACAACUUGUGCCCAUUUCAUGCAAGAGUUCCAACAAUUUUAAAAUUACUAUAGAAGGUAUCAAAGAAUCCUAUGAAAAAGCCCAACAAGCAAAUGUCAAAAUCAAAGGCUUGAUUUUGACUAACCCUUGUAAUCCAUUAGGCACCACUUUAGACAAGGGCACACUUAAAAACAUCUUGACCUUCACUAACGGACAUAACAUCCACCUUGUUUGCGAUGAAAUCUACGCUGGCACGGUCUUUGAUGCUCCACAAUUCGUCAGCAUCGCGGAAAUUAUCAACAACGACGAUGAAAUUUGUAUAAAUAAAGAUUUGGUACAUAUUGUAACUAGUCUUUCUAAGGACUUGGGUUUUCCAGGAUUUCGAGUGGGAAUUGUGUAUUCGUUCAAUGAUGAUGUUGUUCAUUGUGCUAGAAAAAUGUCGAGUUUCAGUCUUGUAUCGACUCAGACACAACAUUUGCUAGCUUCAAUGUUGUCUGACGAUGAAUUCGUCGAAGAAUUUCUGAUUGAAAGCGCGAAAAGAUUAAGGAAAAGGCACGAAAAAUUCACAAACGGACUUAAGGAAGUCGGAAUAAAGUGCUUAGAAAGCAAUGCAGGGGUUUAUUGCUGGAUGGAUUUGCGGUUGUUGUUGAAAGAAGAAACACUUGAUGCCGAGAUGUCACUUUGGAAACUAAUCAUAAACGACGUUAAGCUCAACGUCUCAGCUGGAUCUUCGUUUAAUUGCCACGAGGUAGGGUGGUUUAGAAUUUGUUUUGCAAAUAUCGAUGAUCAAACUGUGGAGAUCGCACUCUCAAGGAUUCGGAUGUUUAUGGAUGCUAAUGAAAAUGGAAUCGUGAAGAACAAGCAACAAUCGAAGAAGAACAACAAUCUGCGACUUAACUUCUCCAACGGAAAGUACGAUGACAAUGUAAUGAGUUUGAAUAUGAUGUCUCCGACACUUGUUCGAGCCAGGAAUUAAAAGAAAAUUAUUCUAGUAAUAAAUAAAGUUAG